AUUUUUUUUGUUGCAAUUUAAUUAUUUCUUUAUUUAUACAUUAAGUACUUUUAUUUUAAUGUUACAUCUAUCAAAAUGUGGCAUUAAAGACAGGCGCGUUGUUCAAUAUGGCAGCUGCUUGUUUUUUUUCUUGGAAUUGUUGACGUUUGUGUGUUUGUGUACUAGAUUCCUAAAUUAUAAGAAAUAAAUUUAUCAUAUAAGCUCUAAAAAGAGUAUCGUAUUUUUUUUGAAAUGUAAUGGAACGUUUUUAAUGUGGGCAAGCAUUUUUACCAUGCUUUGUUUUGUGUUAAAUUUUUUUAUAUAGCUACAUUAACAAUAGAUCACGAUUUUUAUUCCUGUUACUGCUUGCAAAGUUUUAUAUUUAGUGCUGUUAAUGCGGUAUAAUGAACACUAUUUAAUGAGUUGUCUGAUUAUCCGUGAUCAUUAUUAUGGAUAUCUCUUGCGGAAAUAUUACUGAAAUAUAAUUGAAUUGCUCUUUUUAUAAAAUAUUUGCAACUUCUUGAUUGUGUAUGAUGUCUUGGUGUACGAUUGCGUUCAUGAACCUUAAUUUAUGAGAAAUACUUUGAUCUUAAAUAUUUGAAAGGAAAGUUAUAUAAUUUUUAAAGCGUAUAUGAACAUUCUCAUUGGGGGGCAAGAAUUUCUAUGCUGUUGUAUUUUGUGUUUAGCUACGUUUAAAAUAGGUCACGAUUUUUAUUCCUGCUGUUGCGGGCAGAAGUUUUAUGUCUAGUUCCUGCUGUUUAUAUAUAUGCGAAAUAUUUGAUGUUGACAUCCAAAGUGAUUUGUUUUCUUCGCAAAGUAUGGAUGUACUUGAAGCUAUCCAGCCAAACCAAUUGAUAUUACCUCACGAUGAAAACCUAGAGAUGGUUCCAUCUAUGCAACUAGACUAUAACGAAGAAUAUGUUUGUGAGUUUUGUCAAAAGUCUUUUAAGAGGAAAUCCUAUUUAGUGAGCCACAUUCGGACACACACCGGUGAUAAACCAUUCAAGUGUAGGUUCUGUCCAAAAGCUUUUGCUUCUCAAUCUAACUUAAUGCGACAUAUUUGUAUUCACACAGGUGAUCAUCAAAGUGGAUCAUAUUUUCUUUCAAAUAAUCCUUUAUCCGAAAGAGUGAAGAUAUAUAUGGAACCUAAAAGGAUUAGUGAAGUUCAACCAUUAGUUAAUCCAUCUCAAAAGAUAAAUCAAGUUAAUAGAUCUCCUAGUUUUAAACAAUCAGUAAACUCUGCUGUGCAAUUACAAUGCCCUUUUUGUCCGAAACACUUCAUUUACGAAAGUAAACUUGCAAGGCAUAUUGUUGUUCAUACUGGUGAUCGUCCUUUUAUGUGCCAUUAUUGUAGUAAGAGUUUUACCCAGAAAGCUCAUUUGAAAACACAUUUGAUUGUUCAUUUAAAUACUACGUGAACUAAAGCAUAGUUGGCGCUUGUUUUCCUGUGCAUCUGUGAUCCAUAAAAAUCAGAUUAUAGAAUUAGAUAAUAAAUAAAACAAAAAGAAACAUU